AUGAUGAAGCAACAUACCGACUCGGAAAUUGAAGCGCUACAACAAACCGAAGAUUGGACUGUGGAGCGAGAGGAGGAGAUUAGGGUGUUGGCUGCAAAUACAACUAAAGAAAUCUUACAUAGCAAAUGUAACUACUACAACAUACUUCUCCCAAUUAUGGGGGAUCGCCCAAGCAACGAGCCUUUGAACGCUGUGGAGUCCGGUAUUAUAACUCAAGGGGACAAAUCCCAGGUUACUCAAAUCAGCGGUUGGAAUCCCAGCAAAUCUUUGGAACCAAGCAACGAGGACUUACAUAGGAUCCUAGGCGAUAAUGACUUCGACUUGAGCCUCACCCAAGUGGAUACUGAGGCGUCUGAACCAAGACCUUUGACUUCUACUUCAAUCCAACGCACACCUAGCUCCCAAUCAUUACGUCUAACCAAAUCAACCCAACCACCAUUGAUGAAUCAAGCCAGUGGCUCUUUGAAAAACUCAAAACGAAAUUCAGGAACUGCAGCAGUUCUCAAAACUAUCCAAUCCAGCUUACCGACUCAAGCGGAUUUCAAAGAAAUGAAUGACCUUCAUAAGGCUUCAAAUGAAAAUCAAAGACUUAUGCUAGAACAAGUGGCAGGCGCAUCAACUGGAAUGGCCAAUAUCUUAGGAGCUCGAUUUGGAAUUACAAAACCAUCAGAUAAACACGCUUUGGAAGAGAAUGACCUAUCAGCUGAAGAGAUCGAACUGAGGAAGUCGAAAAGAAAGAAACAAGACGAGCUCAAAAUGCUGAAACUAGAGCGAGAAUUAGCCCAAGAGCGACGAGCUUUGGAAGAGAACAGCAAUGGCUCUGGGUUGUCCAAGCUUGAUUUAGCUCGAGAAAGGAUUUCGAUGAUUGCUAAACUCUCUUCUUCCAACAUUCCAUAUGCCGAGGCCGAAAGAAUGGCUGAUGAAGUGAUCAAAAAUUUAUCAUGA